CUACUGAGUACCAUUAUCUAAUUGAAUAAUUCAGUGGAGUGCAUUAUUAGGCCUUACCUGUGGUAGCCUUUUAGAAAACCUCCUUUCCUCCCCCCAGAUGCCGUUAGGUUGAUAGUUCCUUAAUUUUCUUGAAAAAUAACCUAUCCCUUGCCCCUGUGAAUUUUAAGGUGGAAUUGUUGCAAUAAGAGAUGGGCCUGGCAGCACCUCAAAAGAAAACCAAAAUAUCCCACGAUCCGAACAAUACAAGUUGGUCUCGCUCAACAGACAGCUUUGGACAUAGGAUUUUGAGCUCCCAAGGAUGGAAACCUGGAAGUUGCCUAGGCGCACGGAAUGCCGCUCAUGCUGAUAUGUUUACUGCAGCGAGCGUGUCCCAUAUAAAGGUAGUUGUUAAGGAUGACACACUUGGGUUAGGGGCCAGAUCCAAAAGGAACCCACUAGAGGAACCGACUGGCCUUGAUGCAUUCAAGGGACUUCUUGGCCGGUUGAACGGCAAAACGGAUGUUGAGCUAGAGACGGAACGGCGAAAACGAGAAGAUGUCAAGCUGGCGCGGUAUGCUGCCACAAAAUGGCAAGCUGUCAGAUUCAUUAGUGGGGGUUUGCUGGCACAGGAAAAUACGGACACCCUCAAUUCCGAGCCAACUAGAGAUUCUCGAUCAAAUAAUGUCACUAGUGAGACCCAUCGUGGAGAGGUGCAAGAUGAAAAUAAUAGUGACCCGGAUCCUCAUGGCUCCCAGCCUGCUAAGUUGUCCAUUAGCAAGGUGCCUGAAACAAGAGACCUACGUACUGAGCGAGCUGCUGAGGGUGUUCCUGAUGCAGAAAGAAAGCGGAAAAAGACAUCGAAGAAACGAAAACGCGAGUCUAGACGCAGGGAUACUGAUGGGGAAUUGGAAGACGAGAAAUUACAACAUCCGGCCAAGGAAAGCAAAUCGACAUUGCCCAAAACGACAGUGCUACCAAAAGAGCGCAGACCACUAGGUAGACACGUAUUCAGAGGGCGACACAUUGAACAAAAGAAAAGGUCCCUUUUGGAUGAGAAGUCUCUCAAUGAGGUAUCUUAUGUACCUGUUCCCUCCAUAGUCAUGUUGGCUCACUAACAGGAGUAGAUAUUCAUGGUCAAAUCAUAGAUCUUCCUAUGGGUGUCUUGUGCGUCAAAAAUUCUCAAUAUUGGAAGAGAUCCGGUACUCCCAAGCCACAAUUGGCGUUACUAGAGGUUUUCUAUAGAUUGGCAAAGGCAUUUGAAUCUACCUAGGUAUCAUGCUGAUACCUAAUGCUACACCACUCUGCCCUUGCUAUCACGGC